AUGCGUUCUGCAGUGACGGUGUUAGCAGCAGUUGCGGUCUUCGUUGCCGUAGCCGAAGAACAAAAAGCUGGUGUCGUGUAUUUGAUCGAUACGAUCGGAAGGAAAAAUCCGGAAUCGAUUGGUGGUAGCGACAACAAGGAUUUAAGUGAUACGCCGUUCUUCAAGCCUUUGCCUGCCGAUAAACCGCUUCCAGAUGGAAUCUAUUUUCGACCGGAGGACGGCAAGCCUUUGGAAAACCCCGACAUCUUGCAGGAUUUACGUGUUAAAGGAGAGAAAGAAGUUAGGGAAAAGAGAUCGGCGUACCCUGGUAAAGGUGGUGGUGGCGGAGCAUGUUGCGGUGGUGGUGGUGGUGGAGGACGUCCUGGUGGUGGCGGCGGAGGUAGAGGCGGCGGUGGAGGUGGCGGAGGAGGAGGCUCUUGGAGCAAAUCUGGUUCAUCUUCCGGUUCUUGGGGUGGUGGAGGCGGAAAAGGCUACGGACGCUGAUUUCUCUUCCUCUCUACGCAAAACAGAUAUACAAAUGUCUCAAUUAACAAAUAACGAUUAAAUAAAAAAGCAUGAAUGAUAA